UAUGUAUAACAGAUUAUACAUACAAAUAUCACCAAAAAUGUAAAUGAUGUAAAUGUGUAUAUGUGUAUGUAAUUUACAGUACAGUAAAGAAGGUUCAAACAGAUUCAAAUAACAAUUUCUAUUUGAAUCGUACAAAAAUAUAUUCAUCAUACUAAGAAAAAUUAAAAAGUAUAUGAGAUGUUAUUUCAAAAAACGAAUCGUCUCCUAAAAUCGAAAUUCUUCUUAGGUUACAUAGACUGUCAUUAUCAUCAUGUGAGAGGAAGAAAACAAUUUUUAUGCACAGUAAACACGUGCAAUUACAUGAAUAACAAAAGGGAUAAUACAAGUGUUCAAAGAGAAGUGAAUCCCCCACAUUUAUUCAUUUGUUGUAGGAGUCUAUGUACAAAAGCAUUACCCGAAAAUCCAAAUGUUUUUGGGGAUCUAUCAUAUGAAAAAUAUGAAAAAGUUCCGAUGGACGAAGCCGAAGAAAAGGAAGAGAAGUUCGCGGAAACCGUAAAAGUGCCGAAAAGGGAGAGAUUCACGCAGAUGGAUUAUUGUAAACUAAUUAAAACACAUAUGAAUAACAAGAAUCUGCAGAUGGCCUUGAACGUAUUAGAUUUAAUGAAAGAAAACGGUGACAAACCGAGUUUAUACAUAUAUAGAUUGUUGCUUUCUGCUUUUGCCAUCCAAGGUGAUAUGAAACAAUGUUUCAAACUGUUCAAACAAAUAAGGGACAGAGGUUUAAGUCCUACUCCAUCUGUAUAUAACACUCUGAUCCAUGUCUGCUCUGAAAGUGACGAUAAAGAAAAAGCACUGGAACGAUUAACGUAUUUACGAGAAUAUUUUCACGAGAGGCAAGUCAGUCUGAACCAUAUACAUUAUGCGAGUCUUAUCAAAGCUUAUAGUCGACAUAAGGAGAUUUUAACUGCGUUUGAAAUAGCAGACGAAGCGAAUGAUAAAGGUAUUUGUUCAAAAGACAUGAUUGCUGCCUUGUUUCAGGCGACGAUCAGUGAUACAAAAAAUGGUUUAAAGUAUGCUUUGGCUUUGUGGCAUAAAAUGAAGCUAACUGGCAUGAAACCAACUAUAAUUCAUUAUAAUCUUCUUUUAAGAACGAUUAGAGAUUCGAAGUUUGGUGACUUAAAAGUGGGCGACGUUUUGGUACCACAAUACGAGAAUUCGAGAAUUCAGUUAACAGAAACAGGGAGACCAGACUUAUUAGAUUCUCCGCCAGUGUUGAAUUUAUCACUCAUUCCACCACUUAACAGAAAUCUUAUCUCCAGUGAAAAUAAUUCUUUGCCAGAAGAAAUUAAUACAGAGAAAUUAUGUUCUUUGAAAUUAAACACUGUAUUAAAUGAAAAUCAAUUGAUUCUAUUUGGUGGAAUUGAUAAAAUCUUGAAAAGAAUGAAAGACGAUGGUGUGGAACCAAAUCAAAAGACUGUAACGUUACUACUGGAUCUGCUUCCGUGUACGGUAGAAGCAGAAGAUCAUUACCUUAAAUUCAUCGAAACGAAUCAUAUAAAAAUGGAUAUCACUUUCUACAAUGUACUUAUAAAAAGAAGGAGUUUGAGAAGACAAUACAAGGAGGCAAAAGCUGUACUAAAUGAAAUUCAGAAACAUCACCUUUCACCAAACGUCAUAACGUUCGGAGUCUUAGCUAUUGGUUGCAGAAAGUAUUGGGAUGGAAUGGAACUUUUAGAACAAAUGGAUGCCAUUGGUUACGCACCAAAUUAUAUAGUUUUGCAAGCAUUAUUCAUGAAUGCGUGCAUAGGAAAAGAUUUUAAAUAUGUACUAAAUUUAAUGCAAUAUCUGUUAAAACGCCGAAUGAAACCACCGCCUUCGAUUUUAAAUACAUUAGAAAAAUUUGAUGAAAUAAUGUUACAAUCUUUGGAAAAUGAGGGGAGGUAUAAAUAUAAAAAUAUUAAUGAAAUGAGGAAAAAAUAUAACGAUUUCAAAAUCAAAUAUGAAAACUGGAAAGAGAAGAUACAGAAGUAUAGUGAAAAAAUGACAAAAUAAACCAUUUUAAUUAAUGUAUAAAACGCAACCUUAAAACAAUUGUUUAUAAAAUACAUACA